AUGGAGCUAGCCAAAGAGCUCGUGAAGUCUACUCAACUUGCCACACAUCUUCUUGCUCUUGUGGUACUUCCAAAGGCACCCUCUAAUUUCAUAAUAGAAAAUAUAAGAUUGGCUAUGGAGAUUCUGCAAGGUCAGAGAUUCGUACAGACACAUAGGGGUUCGACCGAAAAAUCGUUUCGAUCCAAUCAAUUCUUCGGGUCCGAAAAAGAUAUUGGAUAUGUCAGUGACCUUGCACGAAAAAGCACUCUCCGAGGGCAUGGAAUGUCUAAUGUUUUGAUCAGAAUCUCCACUGUAAUGUCUCUGUUCGAUUCUCCGAUCAAAAUACGGGAAAGCCCCAUUCAAUUCUCAAUGGAAAUGGAGUUUUGCAAAUUAUCCCCAGAACUGGAAGAUCAUUUCGACAUCUUCGAGCAUAUCCGAGGGUUCAACGUGACUAUUAUCACUUCAGCCAACACACAAGCUGAGACUUUACCACCGUGGAGUGGCUUUUUGCAAAAAGAUGAGGGGGAUUAUCAAUUGUUCGCGGCUAAAUAUGAAUUGAGACGCAAGCUUUAUAAAGCCUUUUGUAAAGAUCUAGAUCUUCCUAGUGAUAUAUGGGACAAACAUCGUUAUAAGUUGUCCAAGUUGCCUAGAAAUAGUUCAUUUGCACGAUUCUUUUGCAUUUCCUUUAUCGUCUUUCGUGGAUUAGCAUCUCGAGGUCCUUUGAUGGGCAAAAAGAAAUCGUCUUGGUAG